AUGGUCAAGACACUCCCCUUCGGCGACCUCCAGGUCCCAAUUCCGGGCUUCGGCGCAAUGGGCCUGAGCUUUGGCUUGGGUACCAGUCUUAGCCUCGAGGAAGCCGAGCCGGUACUGCUGAAGGCAAUUGAGCUCGGAUGCACAUUCUGGGAUACUGCUGUGGUAUACCAAGCCGGUGUCAACGAGAAGCUCUUGGGAGACUUCAUCAGAAAGCACAACGUCCGCGACAAGGUUUUCAUUGCUUCAAAGUGUGGAUUCAACGUUAUGGGAGGAGAUGGUUCCGUUACCAACUCUGCGUCGCACAUCAAAGAGUACAUUGACGGUACCACUGAGCGUCUCGGAUUUGCGCCUGAUCUUUACUAUCUCCACCGAAUCGACCCGAACACACCUCUUACAGAGUCAAUCCCUGCCCUCGACGAGAUUCGCAAGGCUGGCAAGACAAAGUACAUCGGUCUCUCAGAAUGCUCCGCUGCCACCCUCCGCAAAGCAAACUCAAUUGCCAAGAUCGACGCUGUCCAAGCCGAGUACUCAGCCUUUGAGACACUCCACGAAACAGACGGUCUAAUCGACACAGCCAAAGAGCUUGGCAUCGCCUACGUUGCCUAUAGCCCCCUGGGCCAUGGCUGGCUGGUCGACGACUUCAAUUACAACACCCCCGACGACUUCGCCCCCGAUGAUUUCCGUCGCAAGGUCCCGAAAUUUCAGGGCGAGAACUUCUACAAGAAUAAGGCUAUUGUGGAGGAAAUAAAGAAGAUUGCGACUCGUAAAGGCUGCAGGAUUAGUCAGGUCGCUCUUGCUUGGGUUGCUUCCCAAGGACUCAUUCCUAUUGCCGGCACCACGAAGGCUGGUCGUUUAGAGGAGAACUGGGCUUCGAGGGAUGUUGAGUUGACUGAGGAAGAUAAGGUAGAGAUGCGGAGGAUCAUUGAUUCGGCUAAACCUCAUGGUAACAGGUAUGCUCCUGCACAGCAGGCUAUGGUUGGUCACUAG